AUGCUGGAAGAGGGCUCGAAAGUUUCUUGGAUCUCUCGACAGCGUUUGUCGAUUAUGUCCGAUGCCCCUGAAACGCCAGGCCUCGAAAUAGAUGAGGAAAAGGAGUCUUGCUCCACCGAAGAGGAUGUUGGUCCCACGGAACCUGAAAAAGAACCCCCUCGCUCACCUUCAACUCCUUUGGUGGAUGAGGCAGCAAUACUUCAGCGUCGGAAAUCCAGUAGGCAACGAAAAGCAACCAAAGUAGUUGAAACGGAUUCUCCUCUCAAUGGUGACGCUUCGGAAUCUGAUGGGAGGCAUCACCCCAAACCGGAUACAUGCUCCGUUGACCUCGAGACCGAGAGGCGCAUGAGCCUCCGUCCACGCCGUAAGGCGAAAAGAAGCGAGAUGUAUCAGGAUGAAAAGGAGCUGGACCAGCUUUUAAGUGACGAAGUCAAUCUUCAAGCUUAUGGUCCGGCCCAACACUGGAAUACAGGUGCUGGGGAUUAUAUAUCGGGCGACUGGCUGUCUGUGGAACGAAUACUAGCUCAUCGUCGCCUGGAUAAACGGAAAUUAACGGAAUUCAUUUCUGAGGCUCUCAAAUCGUAUACCGCAAUACAGAAAAAAAUGGUUGAGAUGGAAUAUUUCGUCAAGAUUCAUGAUCAAUCUUACUGGCACUGUGCUUGGAUGUCCGGAGCCAUUUUGAUGGCGCUUCAUCCGGGCUUGGUUAGAAAUUACUUUAAAAACGUUCGUGAACAGUCUGAAGAGGUGGCAGUAGAUUUACGCAACACGGAGGUACAUACACUCGACGCUGAAAUGGCUACUACUCAAGAAACAGAACCGAACCCAGCACAAGAUAUCUCGACUCAUUCGGUGGUCCUUCCGUCCUCCGAAGACCAACCCAAGCCUGAGGGGCCCCAAGUAGAAUUGGAGAAAAAGAAAUCUGAACCUUCUUCGCUGACGAUUCCGCAUAGCAGUGAGGAGGAUGAGGAUGAUGAGAACGACCUAACGAAAUGGAGUACUGAAUACAAGGAGAAUCUGACCAAAUGGAUGUCACCCAACCUAGAGAGUUCUGGUUCAAGGCGACGUUAUUUGGUCCACUGGGGCGUUGAAAGUGAUCGUCUGGUACCCGAACGAAUCAUCACCGUUGGAGAGACAGUUGAGGUGUCUGCCUCUGGACCAGCUGAUUCCGAAGCCGUUGUGGAUGUUCCAGAUGAAGUGGAGUUUCGAGAAGUACUCGUCAAAUGGUUCAGCGUACCUGAGAGUCAAGCGACUUGGGAGACUGUAGAAACGGAUCUAGAUAUGUUAUCAGAGUUAGCGGCUUGUCAGAAAAUCCAUCCUAAAGCGGUUUUCCGAGAUUCAAACGGCCGCAGGUUGCUUCCUCUGGUUGUUAGACGCAGCCUUAUUCAGAUGAUGAAUACAUACUGCACACGACUCGCCAGAAUGUUGUGCGAUGCCUAUGGGGCACAGCACACCAUUGGUAAACGUCCGCCUCCAACCGAUUGGAAGAACAAAUGGCAAAAUAGCCAACCGAGCUAUCUUUCUCCGGAGCAACAUGCAGUGCUACAUCCAUACCAGCUGGAAGGUGUACGUUGGCUCUGGCAUGCGUAUCACAAUCAUGUCAAUGCGAUUCUGGCUGAUGAAAUGGGCUUGGGAAAAACCGUUCAAGUGAUUGCUCUGCUUUAUUCCCUGUGGAAAGAGCGAAACGAUUACGGUCCAUUCCUGGUUGCUGCCCCCCUGUCCACGCUCCAAAAUUGGGCUCGUGAGUUUGAAGUUUGGGCUCCGGAAUUCCGUGUUUUGGUCUACAGUGGUGAGCGCAGCGCACGUGCUACAAUGCAACGUUACGAUUUCCGCAUCCCCAACUCCGGUGGAGUACCUGCCUUUCACGUCCUCAUAACAAGCCAUGAGUUGGCUUGUAUCGAACGAUCGUGCUUGCAAGGCUUUGAUUGGAGCGUUCUGGUUGUGGACGAGGCGCACCGUUUAAAGAACAAACAAUCUCGCCUCUUCAAAGAAGCUAGCCAAUAUAAGGCGGGCUUCAAGAUGUUACUGACGGGUACUCCGUUGCAGAAUAAUCUUGAGGAACUUUUUCACCUCCUGUACUUCAUCGAGCCGAAGACCGUCACAGACUUCAAAACACUGUCAGAACAAUGGGCGAACAUGUCAAAAGAGCAACGGAUUGCGAGUCUGCACGAUCAACUAAAAAACCAUCUCUUGCGUCGACUGAAAUCUGACGUGAUCAAAGACCUCCCCAAGAAGUCGGAAGUUGUGGUGAUGGUCGACAUGUCUGUAUUACAAAGAAAGUUGUACAAGCUCAUCUUGACAAAGAACUAUGAAGAGCUGCGGUGCGGUAGCUUGAUGAACAGUUUGGUUCAUUUACAGAAGGUGUGUGACCAUCCCUACCUACUCCCAGCGGGUGAUUCCAUAUCACCGCGCCUAGACUCAGAUCAGCCGAACGCUCGUUACGAACCAAAGGCAUUGGUCCAUGUUAGCGGAAAGAUGGUUGUUCUGAUGGAAAUGCUUCGUGGAUUGCGCGAGGGUGGUCACAGAGUGCUCAUCUACUCACGAAUGACCACCAUGCUGGAUAUUUUGGAAGAAGCUUUGACAAAUGAGGGAUACGCAUUUGAGCGAAUCGAUGGCAGGGUGAAGGGCCCACUUCGACAAAUAAUUGUGGAUCGAUUUAACGCCCGGAACUGUGAAACAUUCAUAUUUCUUCUUUCAACGCGUGCUGGUGGCGAGGGGAUCAACCUGGCUUCGGCAGACACUGUUAUCCUGUACGAUUCAGAUUGGAACCCCCAGUGUGACCUUCAAGCACUGUCUAGAGCUCAUCGCAUUGGUCAGUCCCGUCACGUCGUUGUAUAUCGUUUCGUCACGCGUCACAGUAUGGAAGAACGUCUAAAUUUUGUGGCACGUCGAAAAUUGGCGCUUACGAAUCUAGUAGUUAACCAACAACAGCAACGAAUCCAGCAAAAGGCUCUGAAAGCUCAAACCGAUAUGCCUAUCGAGACUGCUGAGGGUCCUACUGCUCCAGCCGAACAAGAACCCCCAGAGGCGUCAUCCAAGGAUCAGGAGUCUGUUAAGGCCCUGCCCGAAUCGUCCUCUGCUUCCUCGUCAGCGCCAGGUCAGCUACGAGAAGGUGCCGUUUCGAAUCGUUUGAGCCGCGCUGAAAUGGAUGACAUGCUUCGUUGUGGAAUUGAGGCUUUGUUUGCAGUGGAUGACAUGUUGGAUGAGAACGACUUGAAAAAAGCCGCUCGGAGUUUAAGUGACAGUGCCGAAAACUCAGCUGAUUCGGAGAGGAUAGUCUACAAUGCGGAUGCUCUGGCUCGGCUAUUGGACCGUGCUAAACUGGAAGCUGAGGCCAAUGAGGAGGAAGCCAGAUCGACUGCCGAUGAAUAUUUGCACGCUUUUCGUGUUGCUCAUUUCGACGUUACAUCAGUUGUCACUCCAGAGGAGAAAACGGUCCCCACUGAAUCCCAGACAACCGUUACUCCGCCACUCGAACCCCCAGCUGAAAAUGAGGUAAACGCAGUUAUGGACGCCACACCACAAGAGGAAGGCACUUCUACCCAGGCUCUAGGUUAUGCUGCAUUUUGGGAUCGCCUGCUACGUGAGCGGCACAAUCGUCUUUGCAAAGCAGAGGCCGAAGGUGCCCCAUCAGAAUUGUCGCGGCGUGUUAGCAAGGCGUCAUGGAGGUUAAAACAACACUGUCGUGCGCCUGAAUCAGAGGAGGAUAGCCCCCAGAUGCUUGAUCAAGAGGAUAUCGGAUCUUCAACCGACGCAAACCUUGAUCGUGGACGAGGUUUACGUCGUUCCAAAGGCGCGAGUCGUGAUCGGUCAGAUGAUAAUGAUCUUGUGGAAGAAAUUCCUGCACACGACAAAAUACGCCGUCGAUACGAGCGUUUUCGUCAAGCUGUUGGUGUUGAUUCUAGCAAGCCUGGAGGCCAACAAACGACCAGUGCCUCGAGACGCCGACGCAGAAAGCAAGCCCGACGAACUGCCAAUCCCAAUAGGGUUCGUCGACCGCGGCCUACGCCUGACCCCGAAGAAAUCGCUCCUGAUCUCGAAGCAUCCGAGGAUGAUGGUGGGAACAGUGAUAAUGAUCCUUCCUACAUACCCUCCGGUGAGGAAUCGGAUGAUGUAGUUUCCGAUGCAGAACUCCUCAAUAGAUGGCGAAAGCGGGAAAAGUUGAAUGUCGUGGCCGAUGAUGACGAAGAGGUAUUAUAUCUAUCGGAUUCUGAUGAACGAGUCGCUAAUUUGGAGCCGGUUGCAUUUGGAAACAUACUCAGCGACAUGUGGGCAACCGCAUCUUGGCAUCCGGAUCCAGCUGUGUGUGCCGUCUGGCGGGAGGCGGUCAACAAACUAGACUCCAAAAUUAAUUUCGAAAAUGGUCAUAUGUUUAUUUACGGAUUCGGUCCUGAGAAUAGGACCUCUUUUGCUAACGCUGUCAUGCGAUACGGUCUUCCUCCACCAGGUAUAAUUCCCCCACAGGACUGGCUUCCCCCCAGUCUUUUUCACGUUGGCCAACAACGCCUGUAUGCCUAUACCGCUCUAUUCAUGUAUCAUUUGUACGCAGACCCAAACGCUCUAGAUGAUACCGUGGAUCACUGGAGCGAUGGGAUCCCGAAGGAAAAUCUGUGCGCCUCCGCAGUGCUAUCACGGAUAGCAAUGAUGGCCCUAAUACGGAACAAAGUCUUGCAAUUCGAAGACAUCAAUGGCGUUCACAGCCGAACCUUUGAAGCUGUAAGUACCCGGUUCAAGUUCAGCAUUCACGAAGGGGGCCUGACGCUGUUGCGUCCAACUUGGCACGAAGAGUGGCAACGGAUCAAUGCAAUGGUAGAUACUGUGUCACUCGGUAACAAACGGGAGAGAGCCAUGUUCCAUCUGCAACACACGUGGCAUUCUAGGCAUGAUUAUUGGCUUCUGGCGGCUAUUCAUGUUCAUGGCUAUUUGCGAUGGUCUGACAUCCUCAAUGAUCCCAGAUUUCAUCUACUCAACACUGGAUUAGAUGGUAUUCUAGAAGACAGUGAGAAGAAAACUGGAUCAGAAGAGAAAAACGCGGAAUCGUCCAACCAACACACCAAUAACCUGGCCGAGGCUCAAGCGUUUCUGGUCUCACGCCUCAGAAUGCUGGAACAGGCGUUAGUCGUGGAACAAGCCUUGUUUGAAGUUGCACGUGCUGCACUGACAGGCAGUACGGACGGGAAACCGUCCCCUUUGACCCGGGUCCAGAAUCUGGCUGUCUGCCUAUCGAACAAAUUAGCUUCGGCUGGACCUCGCAAACGGAUAGCGCUUCCUCGUGAUGCGCAUGCACGAGAGGCGACACGGGCAGCUGUUCAGAAUCUUCAAGACAUACUUGAAGACCUUUUUGCUGAUCUUCCUGGCCUACCAGCGUCGGUUAUCUGUGCUGAGCCAGAAACCUCCCUGCCCGUCACUCAAUCUUCCCCCACUUCUGUACCAAAUGACAGUCAUAUUCUAUCCCCAACAAGCAACAACGGAGCUCCAACUUCCAUUGGACCCGUCUCACAACCUUCAGGAACUAUUCAGUGUGAUCCAACACCAGAUCAACCGGCAGACACACCUGUUAUGAAAAUUUCAUCGCCCAUUCCCAUGAAACUCUCUCCACCAAGUUCAGUGGAUCGCGGUGUAAUUGAGAUCUCGGAUGAAGAAACCUGAAGAUUCUUGGCAGAAAUUUAACGAGCCAAAUUCAUAUUUGUACUGUAUUCUUCUCUGUACAUGCUGCAUGAUAAAUUUUCUGCGAAUCUACAACCACUUGUUUUCACCGUCGCACCACUGCUUUGCAUGUUUGUUGCUCGCGUUGGUACCGAGUGAUCGGGG